CGCGCCAGUUACGACCUCGGGUACGUGCCUUCGUAGCGGAGGAGACAUUGCACUGUGCCAUCGUGUAGCCGCCUUGGCGUUAGAGAGAGUUUGUGUUGCAGGGUGAUUCAGGAUGGUGGACCAGCCUCUGUGGGAGCAGAUAGGAUCCAGCUUUGUGCGGCACUACUACCAGAUGUUUGACUCGGACAGAUCACAACUUGGAUCCAUAUAUAUUGAUACAUCAUGCCUUACAUGGGAAGGACAGCCGUACCAAGGAAAAUUGGCAAUUGUUGAGAAACUCUCUAGUCUCCCCUUCACAAAAAUAGCGCAUAGUAUAACGGCGCAGGACCACCAGCCAACUCCAGACAACUGCAUCUUGAGUAUGGUUGUAGGACAACUUAAAGCAGAUGAAGACCCGAUCAUGGGCUUCCAUCAGAGUUUCAUCCUUAAAAACAUUAACGACUCAUGGGUGUGCACCAAUGACAUGUUCAGGCUGGCCAUUCACAACUUUGGUUAAGCCGCCCCCCCGCGCUGGUGGGCAGGGGCGGGCAUCCUGAAGGGCUCUGUGAGACGACGGCUGGAGGGAGGGGACGGAGGAGGUGAAGAUUUGGCAGAAGAGGCAGCACUCGUCCCGCCCUCCCACCGUCUCAUUUAAGCCUGUUUGACAAACAAAGCAAAGAGCGGAUUGUAGAUGUAAGUCACUGAACCUCGUCCAGGUGGGUUUUCCAGCCCGGCUAAUAGAACUGCGACGUGUUUCUUCGCUGAGAGCUGGCCGACGAAUCAGGUGCCCCUGUCUGCCACUCUGCUGAUCUGCAUGAUGCUGGGAGCCCCCCCCUCCCCCCACCCCGCCAUCACGAUAUUCCCACUCAAGCCACCAGAAGGACAAACAGCUGAUCGAUGCCAUUAACUCCUGCUCUGCUUUGGACUCCUUUAUCUCGACCCAUUGAGCUGUAAUGUUGGCUCCACUGCUCUCAACUCAGUUCUGUUAGCACUGCUGUUGACUGGUAUGUAGGUCCAUGUUCAAGUUCAGUUCUCAUUGACCGUGUUGUAAUCUGUUCUUUAGAUGCCACCCUUGUGUUUACUUUAGCUCGCCUUAGUGUGUUGGAUUGAGUUUUAGCUUCCUGUACACAAUUAAUUCUGCAUCAUUUCUUUCAUGGCAGGUUUUGUUCAAAAAAAAAAAAGGAUAAUGUAGGACGAAGGUUGGCGCUGCUUUGUUAAUUUUCUCUGAUUCUGCAUUUUCUUGUUUUUUUUUCUCCUCCCUUCCAUGCACAUUUCUGGCAGUUAACAUGGACUACAGCCACGACACAAUAAAAACCUGGACUUUUUUCAUAA